GUUGGAAACAGGAAGUUUGCUUACUGAUCGCAGUGGGACGUAUGAGGCCGCGCUGCUCCUUCUCACACAUUCACUGAAUAUCUUGCUCGCUCCUCUUGUUAGCAAGGAUGUCAGCUGUUAUUACCUGCCACUGAUCCUUUUGCAAAGUGGGAAGUGAACUGCAAUCAAGAAGUCUACUGUAGCAGUGGAGAUUGAAAAUACAAGAUCAAGGUCAUAAGAGGCUUGAUUUUUCCAGAGGCCUUUCUCCUGAUGGACAUCAAAAUAUGAUAUCAUUCCACCUUCUUAAAAGCAUUUUCUCCAAGUAAAGUCACGUUGACAGCACUUCAAGAGGAGUGAUCUCCUUCAGUAACCUGACAUCUGGACACUGACAGUAGACAUUGAAGGACAUCCCCUUCACCAACUGGAGUAUGCCAAGUUUGGAUCCAUCCUAUGGAUAUGCAUGUGUCUUUCCAGAGAAUGCGGAACAGUCCAUUUGGAUACCAGCCAGAAACAUCAAGCCUGCAACUGACAGCCAACCAGAACCAGCUGAACAAGAUUGAGAGUCUACCUUGUUAGCAGAUGCACCUGCCCUAUCAUCCUACCCUGAGAAACUGCCCAUAGCCACAUCCAUUAUUGCUUUAUACCCCACUAGCUCUGGUCAGCCACUCAAAUGGCCCACAGCCUGGGUGCGGUCAUGCCAUUGCUGAUUACCACUGUUCCUCAUUGCUACCCCCAUCUGAGCAAGCACUCCUGAGGUCUCCUGUUUUGAGCGCUGGUUAGCCAAUGACGGGUAUAAUUCUAGGAACCUCCACAUAUUUUCAAGAGCAAAGAAAAUUAAUACAUCAACUGCGAUGAUAGGAUUUGAAGACCUGGCUGUGUAUUUUACCUGGGAGGAAUGGAAGAACAUGAACAAAGCUCAGAAAAUCCUGUACAGGGAUGUGAUGCUAGAGACCUACAGCAGCCUGCUUUCCUUAGGGCACUGCAUUACCAAACCUGAUUUGAUCUUCAAGUUGGAGCAAGGAGCAGAACCAUGGAUGGUGGAAGAAUGCCUAUAUCAGAGCCUUCCAGUUGCCAUGGAAAAUGAUGACAUAAUUAGGACCAACCAAGAAAUUCAAGAAAAAUAUUUGAAUCAGAAUGGUACGACAAAUAACAUGACAGUAACUCCCAAGAGAGUUGAAUUAAGAAAAAGACUUAAUUUAAGUUCAAGUCAUAUUUCAAAACUGAUUAUCAGAAAGGGAAGUUAUUCAGCAUUGAAACCUGAGGAAUGCAAUGUGUGUCACAAUGUAUAUCCCCGCAGUGGGCCUGAUGAGCUGCAAGCUGGAGAGAAACUUGAUUCUUCUAAGGUAUCUGGGAAAUCCCUCCAGUGCUGUGAGCCUCUCAAUGAGUAUCACAAGAUUCAGACUGUGAAGCAGUCAUUUAAACAUAGUGGAGAAGGGAAAGACUUCAAGAGAAAGAAGAUAUUCUUUAGAUUUGAGACAUGCCAUAUGGGAGAGACCUGUAAUAAGUCAACUGGAACUAUUGGAAAGAUAGCUCAAAUAGAAAAAAAUUUUCAUGAAAAUACUAACCUCAGCAAGCAUCAACAAAUCAACACAGGGGAGAAGCUCUAUGAAGAUAUUGGGUAUGUAGAACCUCUCAUUUACAAAUCAGAUCUUGCAAUGAAUCAGAGACCAAAUAUAGGAAAAAAACCCUAUGCAUGUAAACGAUUUGGGAAAUCAUUCAGUUGUAAGGCCUGCCAUAGAAUCCAUCACUGUAUUCACAUACUAGAAAACCCCCAUGUGUGUAGUGAUUGUGGAGAAACCACUUACAAGAAGUCAGAUCUCAUUAAACAUCAGAAAAUUAACACAAAGAAGAAACCUCAUGAAAGUAAUGAGCAUGUAAAAGCCACUUUCCAAAAAUCAUACCUCAUAACACAUCAGAGAAUUCACACAGGGGAGAAACCACAUCAAUGUAAUGACUGUGGAAAAGCCUUUGGCUAUAAGUCAGCCCUCAUCAAACAUCAAAGAAUCCACACAGGAGAAAAACCUUAUGAAUGUAAUGACUGUGGAAAAACCUUUGGCCAAAAGUCACAAAUCAAAACACAUCAGAGAAUUCACACAGGGGAGAAACCUUAUGAAUGUAAUGACUGUGGAAAAGCCUUUGGCUAUAAGUCAUCCUUCAUCAAACAUCAGAGAAUUCACACAGAGGAAAAAUCCUAUGAGUGUAAUGACUGUGGAAAAACCUUUGGCCAGAAGUCACAACUCAAAAUGCAUCAGAGGAUUCACAAGAGGGAGAAACCUCAUGAAUGUAAUGAAUGUGGAAAAGCCUUUGGUAAGAAGUCACAUCUUGUAAUUCAUCAGAGAAUUCACACAGGAGAGAAACCUUAUGAAUGCAAUGGCUGUGGAAAAGCCUUUCUGUGCAAGUCACGGCUCAUCAAACAUCAGAGAAUUCACACAGGGGAGAAACCUCAUCAGUGUAAUGCCUGUGGAAAAGCCUUUGGUUAUAAAUCAGUCCUCAUCACACAUCAAAGAAUUCACACAGGGGAAAAACCUUAUGAAUGUAAUGACUGUGGAAAAUCAUUUAGCCAGAAGUCACAACUCAUAAUGCAUCAGGGAAUACACAUGGGGGAGAAACCUCAUGAGUGUAAUGACUGUGGGAAAGCCUUUGGCUAUAGGUCAUCCCUCAUGAAACAUCAGAGAAUUCACACAGGGGAGAAACCUUAUGAAUGUAAUGACUGUGGAAAAUCCUUUGGCCAGAAGUCACAACUCAAAAUGCAUCAGAGAAUUCACACAGGGGAGAAACCGUAUGAAUGUAAUGACUGUGAAAAAGCCUUUUGCCAGAAGUCAGACCUCAUCAAACAUCAGAGAAUUCACACAGGGGAAAAACCUUAUAAAUGUAAUGACUGUGGAAAAGCUUAUGGCCAUAAAUCAUACCUCAUCAAACAUCAGAAAAUUCACACGGGGGAGAAACCUUAUGAAUGUAAUGACUGUGGAAAAGCAUUUGGCCAAAAGUCACUAUUUAAAUUGCAUCAGAGAAUUCACAGGGAAGAAACUUCAUGAAUUUAAUGAAUGUAGAAAAGCCUUUGGCAAGAAGUCAAAUUUUGUAAUACAUCGGAGAAUUCACAUGGGAAAGAGGCCUUAUGGAUGUAAUGGCUGUGGAAAAGAUUUUCUGUGCAAGUCACGGCUCAUCAAACAUCAGAGAAUUCACACAGGGGAGAAACCUCAUCUGAGUGUAAUGCCUGUGGGAAAGCCCAUUGCUGUAAAUCACAACUCAUAACACACAAGAGCAUCUUUUGUAAUGCUGAAUGAGUGGCAACAAGUUCUUUCAGUUUCUUUUUGUUAUGGAAGGUCUUUAUUUCACAUUCAUUCAUAAUUCAUAAAUGAGAGCUUUUCAGGGAAUAGUAUUCUCAGUUGACAGUUUUUUUUGUUUGUUUUUGGUUUUGGUUUUUUGUUUUGUUUUGUUUUGUUUUUCAUUUAAGACUUAGUCCCCAUUCUCUGCUAGGCCAUAGAGAUUCUGAUAAGAAGUCACCUGUGAGUCUAGUUAGAAAUCCUCUGAAAGUUAUCUGGCAUUUCUGUCAUGUACAUUUUAGAAUCUUUUCUUUAUGUUUUGCUGUUGAAAAAUUGACUGCAAGAUCUUUCUCACCAAUGCCAUUAGGAAUUCUAUGUGCUUACUAUAUUUGGACAUCCCUUCUAAAAAUUGGGAAAGCUUUUUUGUAAUUAUUUCGCUGAAUAAGCUUUCUAAACCAUUCUUUCUUUCCACACCUGGAAUUGUGUUUUGGGCCAUUUGAUUGUAUCUCAUAAAUUUCCAACACUUUUUAUUUU